CAGGAAAGGAAGUCUGCUCUGCUAAGUGUCAGCCUUUUUUUCUCUUUUACUUGUAAAUAAUAAUAUCUUUCUCAUUAGCAAGUCUCCUCCAAACGGUUCUAAAAAAAAUCAUCACCUCCAUAAAGAAACACAUAGCUCUCCUUCGAUUCCUUCGUCUCACAAGUCACAAACUUUUUUUUUCUUUUAAGAAAAAAGCUUGUGUGUGAGCUAAAACAACAAGAGGAGCAAGCAUAAAAAUCACAGCCAAAACAACAAAGUUCAGCCAUUUUUGGCUUUCAGUUGGAUCGUUUGUGAAAUUGGGCAGGUGGGUUUGGUUUGAAAUCUGGGUUGGAGGUGGCUACAGGGGUUGGAUGUUGAAAUUUUAGUUGAAGAAGUUGAAGUGGCUGUUCAAUUUCCUUUUAUGGAUAGGCUCUGCUGUUUUAGUGGUUCCUACACUAAGCUUGUAGGAGGGCGUUCCUCAUCUAGCUCUGGCAAAGGGAAAAGCCAUGAAGGGUUAAUCAAGUUUGGUUUCAGCCUAGUAAAAGGGAAAGCUAAUCAUCCCAUGGAGGAUUACCAUGUUGCUAAAUUUAUGCAGAGUGAGGGACAUGAAUUAGGACUAUUUGCUAUCUAUGAUGGCCAUUUGGGAGAUACUGUUCCUUCCUACCUACAGAAACAUUUGUUUUCCAAUAUCCUAAAGGAGGAAGAAUUUUGGGUUGACCCCAACAGAUCUAUCUCAAAAGCCUAUGAGAAGACAGACCAGGCAAUUCUCUCUCACAGUUCUGACUUGGGGCGGGGUGGGUCCACAGCCGUAACUGCAAUUUUGAUAAAUGGCCAAAAAUUAUGGGUAGCCAAUGUUGGAGACUCACGAGCAGUUCUCUCAAAAGGGGGCCAGGCAAUACAGAUGUCUACAGACCAUGAGCCCAACACCGAGCGAGGCAGCAUCGAGAACAAAGGCGGUUUUGUCUCAAACAUGCCAGGGGAUGUCCCUAGAGUCAAUGGGCAGCUGGCAGUUUCUCGUGCUUUUGGAGACAAGAGCCUCAAAUCACAUUUGCGAUCUGACCCAGACAUACAAGAGACUCUUGUAGAUGCCAAUACCGAACUUUUAAUCCUUGCCAGCGAUGGUCUUUGGAAGGUAAUGCCUAAUCAAGAAGCAGUUGAUAUUGCAAGAAGGAUCAAAGACCCGCAGAAAGCAGCUAAGCAAUUAACAGCUGAAGCAUUGAAAAGAGACAGUAAAGAUGACAUAUCGUGUGUUGUUGUUAGAUUUAAGGGAUGAUACCUUUUAAAUCAGUGUUGCUUUCAAGGUGCAGUAUAUACCUACAAUAAGAGUUAUUACACUGUAUGCCAAUUUAUGUUUAGACCGACAACAAAUAGAUACCAUGUUGGGGUAAUCCACACUGAAUUUUCCAGAAAUAUGAACUCGUCAAAGGAAAAAAAGGAGAAGAAAAGGAAGGAUUCCCCUACUGUAAAUUUAAUUUCUCGAUCAGUGCUUGAUAUUGUUUGAUUUCUUUUUUUAAAAAGUGAAUUAGGAGCUUGAAAUGAUACAUAUUGUUUUAUUCUCAAGAUCUAUUUCCUUGCGGCUGUGUAGAUGAAUAUAUGCUUUUAUGUGAUUGGAGGAUUGCCUUUGUUUAA